CUCACAACCUUCUCCGAUUACCAGUGAGCCUGCCACUACAAAUGAACGAACUUCAGCAGUCACAGACGGGCAAAUAUCUUCCACUACCGUUGGACUCUCACCUACCCAGAGAACUGAAAGUACAACUGCAGACCCAUCUGACUCCACAACUGCAGCGGGAACGACCGCUGAAGAACACACAACAACGUUAGAAAUGACAAGUAUUCCAGAGAAAGCAUCUACCAUUGUUACACAAGAACCAUCAGCUAGCACAGAGACUGUGACAAGCUCGUCUCCCACAAUCACUUCUGGGCACACAUCUGUGUACUCUGACGUUACAAGUGAGUCUCUAACUAGCACUGCUGGUACCUCAACAUCAAGUAUUGCAUCAACAACAACUUCUGAAGCAAACACAUCUGCUGAAGAAUCAACAUCGACCUCAGCUGGUUUAACAAGUGCAAAUGUGGAAGCUACGUUUUCAACAUCGGGAGUGACUAUGACACCAGAAACAGCCAAAGAUACAAUGGAAACAACUACAGCUAUGUCCUCAGGUGUAACAGAAACUUCAACCAGUACCUCGACGGAAACAAGUCCCUCACAACCUUCUACAAUUACCAGUGAGCCUGCCACUACAAAUGAAAGAACUUCAGCAGUCACAGACGGGCAAAUAUCUUCCACUACCGUUGGACUCUCAUCUACCCAGAGAACUGAAAGUACAACUGCAGACCCAACUGACUCCACAACUGCAGCGGGAACGACCGCUGAAGAACACACAACAACGUUAGAAAUGACAAGUAUUCCAGCUGAAGCAUCUACCAUUGUUACACAAGAACCAUCAGCUAGCACAGAGACUGUGACAAGCCCGUCUCCCACAAUCACUUCUGGUCACACAUCAGUGUCCUCUGACGUUACAAGUGAGUCUCUAACUAGCACUGCUGGUACCUCAACAUCAAGUAAGGCAUCAACAACAACUUCUGAAGAAAGCACAUCUGCUGAAGAAUCAACAUCGACCUCAGCUGGUUUAACAAGUGCAAAUGUGGAAGCUACGUUUUCAACAUCGGGAGUGACUAUGACACCAGAAACAGCCAAAGAUACAAUGGAAACAACUACAGCUAUGUCCUCAGGUGUAACAGAAACUUCAACCAGUACCUCGCCGGAAACAAGUCCCUCACAACCUUCUACGAUUACCAGUGACCCUGCCACUACAAAUGAACGAACUUCAGCAGUCACAGACGGGCAAAUAUCUUCCACUACCGUUGGACUCUCAUCUACCCAGAGAACUGAAAGUACAACUGCAGACCCAACUGACUCCACAACUGCAGCGGGAACGACCCCUGAAGAACGCACAACAACGUUAGAAAUGACAACAUUUUCAGCUGAAACAGCUACCAUGGUUACACAAGAACCAUCAGCUAGCCCAGAGACUGUGACAAGCCCAUCUCCCACAAUUACUUCUGGUCACACAUCAGUGCCCUCUGACGUUACAAGUGAGUCUCUAACUAGCACUGCUGGUACCUCAACUCCAAGUAAGGGAUCAACAACUUCUGAAGUAAACACAUCUGCUGAAGAAUCGAAAGCGACCUCAGCUAGUUUAACAACUGCGGAAGCUACGUUUUCAACAUCGGGAGUGACCAUGACACCAGAAUCAACCAAAGACACAAUGGAAACAACUACAGCUAUGUCCUCAGGUGUAACAGAAACUUCAACCAGUACCUCGCCGGAAACAAGUCCCUCACAACCUUCUACGAUUACCAGUGAGCCUGCCACUACAAAUGAACGAACUUCAGCAGUCACAGACGGGCAAAUAUCUUCCACUACCGUUGGACUCUCAUCUACCCAGAGAACUGAAAGUACAACUGCAGACCCAACUGACUCCACAACUGCAGCGGGAACGACCGCUGAAGAACACACAACAACGUUAGAAAUGACAAGUAUUCCAGCUGAAGCAUCUACCAUUGUUACACAAGAACCAUCAGCUAGCACAGAGACUGUGACAAGCCCGUCUCCCACAAUCACUUCUGGGCACACAUCAGUGUCCUCUGACGUUACAAGUGAGUCUCUAACUAGCACUGCUGGUACCUCAACAUCAAGUAAGGGAUCAACAACUUCUGAAGUAAACACAUCUGCUGAAGAAUCGAUAGCGACCUCAGCUAGUUUAACAACAGCGGAAGCUACGUUUUCAACAUCGGGAGUGACCAUGACACCAGAAUCAACCAAAGACACAAUGGAAACAACUACAGCUAUGUCCUCAGGUGUAACAGAAACUUCAACCAGUACCUCGCCGGAAACAAGUCCCUCACAACCUUCUACAAUUACCAGUGAGCCUGCCACUACAAAUGAACGAACUUCAGCAGUCACAGACGGGCAAAUAUCUUCCACUACCGUUGGACUCUCAUCUACCCAGAGAACUGAAAGUACAACUGCAGACCCAACUGACUCCACAACUGCAGCGGGAACGACCGCUGAAGAACACACAACAACGUUAGAAAUGACAAGUAUUCCAGCUGAAGCAUCUACCAUUGUUACAGAAGAACCAUCAGCUAGCACAGAGACUGUGACAAGCCCGUCUCCCACAAUCACUUCUGGUCACACAUCAGUGUCCUCUGACGUUACAAGUGAGUCUCUAACUAGCACUGCUGGUACCUCAACAUCAAGUAAGGCAUCAACAACAACUUCUGAAGAAAGCACAUCUGCUGAAGAAUCAACAUCGACCUCAGCUGGUUUAACAAGUGCAAAUGUGGAAGCUACGUUUUCAACAUCGGGAGUGACUAUGACACCAGAAACAGCCAAAGAUACAAUGGAAACAACUACAGCUAUGUCCUCAGGUGUAACAGAAACUUCAACCAGUACCUCGCCGGAAACAAGUCCCUCACAACCUUCUACAAUUACCAGUGAGCCUGCCACUACAAAUGAACGAACUUCAGCAGUCACAGACGGGCAAAUAUCUUCCACUACCGUUGGACUCUCAUCUACCCAGAGAACUGAAAGUACAACUGCAGACCCAACUGACUCCACAACUGCAGCGGGAACGACCCCUGAAGAACGCACAACAACGUUAGAAAUGACAACAUUUUCAGCUGAAGCAUCUACCAUUGUUACACAAGAACCAUCAGCUAGCACAGAGACUGUGACAAGCCCGUCUCCCACAAUCACUUCUGGUCACACAUCAGUGCCCUCUGACGUUACAAUGCCCUCUGACGUUACAAGUGAGUCUCUAACUAGCACUGCUGGUACCUCAACACCAAGUAAGGGAUCAACAACUUCUGAAGUAAACACAUCUGCUGAAGAAUCGAUAGCGACCUCAGCUAGUUUAACAACUGCGGAAGCUACGUUUUCAACAUCGGGAGUGACCAUGACACCAGAAUCAACCAAAGACACAAUGGAAACAACUACAGCUAUGUCCUCAGGUGUAACAGAAACUUCAACCAGUACCUCGCCGGAAACAAGUCCCUCACAACCUUCUACAAUUACCAGUGAGCCUGCCACUACAAAUGAACUAACUUCAGCAGUCACAGACGGGCAAAUAUCAAUCAACAUCGACCACAGCUGGUUUAACAACUGCAACUGUGGAAGCUACGUUUUCAACAUCGGGAGUGACCAUGACACCAGAAACAGCCAAAGACACAAUGGAAACAACUACAGCUAUGUCCUCAGGUGUAACAGAAACUUCAACCAGUACCUCGCCGGAAACAAGUCCCUCACAACCUUCUACGAUUACCAGUGA